GAGAGAGAGAGAGAGAGAGAGAGAGAGGCGGCAGAGCAGAAUCAAAAAGCAAAGACACUGGACGCAGACAAUGGCGCGACCGACAGCCGAAUCUUAACAUUUCCAGAACCUGCUGCUGUCCACUGAGAACAAGCUGCCCGUUGUACGCUGUGCUGCAGAAGUGGAGCUAUGCCGUUACUGCCCAGGCUUGGAGACGCUUGAUUAACCAUGAUGAAGACCGAAUCCCCGUCCGCAACAAGCACCGCAUCUAAUUCCACUUUGAGGAGCCCAUCUCCGCACAGAAACGCGUACGAGGCUGGGAUACAGGCGCUCAAGCAGAGUAAAGAUGGCCUUAGCAACGCCGCGAACGGGGACGAAGCCCAGGGGUGCAAGCCCAAAAUCUCAUCCCGUGGCAGGAGGUACGGCUCCAAUGUCCACCGGAUCAAAAAUAUGUUCCUGCAGAUGAGUACCACCGGGCCGGGUGAAGGGGAGGACGCGUCGAAUGAGAACGAUCGGUCGGUGCGGCUUUCCCUGCCUAGAGCCAGCAGCUUAAAUGAAAAUGUGGACCACAGCGCUUUGCUGAAGCUCGGGGCAACCGUUUCAGAGCGCGUCAGCCGUUUUGACCCCCAUAAGACGGCAUCGCAACAGCGUCAGCCGUCGGGGUUCUCCCGGCUCCAGGAAACGAGGAAGUAUUUCGAGCAGCGGACCUUGCAAGAAAAACAAGCGGCCACCAACCGUAUUUUAUUAAAAAAGGAGCGGGCGGCGAGCUUUCAAGACGGGAAGCUGGACGUGGUUGUGCGUUUCAACGGCAGCACGGAGUCGCUGGACAGUUUAGACGCAGGGGGCACCGGGGAGGCCGUCUCCCCGACUGUAAGUCAACUGAGCGCCGUGUUUGAGAAGGCUGACCUCCGCAACAGCCUGCAUCGGCCUUCCACCUCCCCCCUGCCCAGGGGAGCCAGCCCGCCACCAGGAAAGGUGGCCAUGCUCAACUCCAAAAUCAUAACCAAGAAGUCGCGAGUCUUUCCCCCCUCUGGCAGUGAGGAGGGCAGCCCUGCUGCAAGGAGCGGGCGACAACGGAAGGAUUGUGACGGGACCUCCAGUAGCAGGGGCAAGCUGGCUGCCGACAAGAAGGAAACCCCCCAGAGCACAGGGACUGGAAGCAGAGUGGGAACCAGAUCAGAAGAGCAGGUCAAGAACGAAACCCCCCAGAGCACAGGGACUGGAAGCAGAGUGGGAACCAGAUCAGAAGAGCAGGUCAAGAACGAAACCCCCCAGAGCACAGGGACUGGAAGCAGAGUGGGAACCAGAUCAGAAGAGCAGCUCAAGAUUAAACCAGUGGAGGCUGAGGAGAGCAGGGAGAAAGAACCUGGGGAGCAGGGAUCUGGCGCAGAACCCGCGGGAGAAGCAGAGACUGGAGGGGAAGCCAGUGUUGGGCCUAAAUACGCCCCAGAAGGUGGCAGCAGGCAAGUACAGGCUGAAGUGCAUGCCUCUUUGGAGAAUGUAGGAGAAUCCCUACCUGCAGAAUCCAACUCUUCAGAGCCCAACUCUGCAGCCCCAGAGACCCUGGGGGGAAAGGGGGAGGAGGAGGAGGAGGAGGGCCUAGGGGACUCCCCGCAGGGAGGGGAGGGGGAUUUCAAUGGGAGGGGGGAGGAAUCCCGCAGGGAGGAUUACUCCGAGGGGGACCUGGUGGAUAUCAGCGCCUACAGUGGGAUCGGGGAAGACUCGGGGGGCAGUCAGCUGGACGAGGAUGAGGAGGAAGAGGAGCCCUACGAGCCAGAGUCGAGCUGCUCUGAGAUACCAGGCCUCCCGCCGGAGGAAGACGAGCCCCCUCCCAGCCGCAAGAUCCGCUUCAGUACGGGGCCAAUCAAGGUGUUCACCACUUACUGCAAUGAGGACUACGACCGGCGAAACGAUGAUGUGGAUCCCAUGGCUGCCUCAGCUGAGUACGAGCUGGAGAAGAGGGUGGAGAGGCUUGACUUAUUCUCCGUGGAGCUGGAGAAAGAAGGAGAUGGUCUGGGGAUCAGUAUUAUUGGGAUGGGGGCCGGUGCUGACAUGGGCCUGGAGAAACUGGGCAUCUUCGUGAAGACAGUGACUGAGGGAGGGGCUGCUUACCGGGACGGCAGGAUCCAAGUUAACGAUCUCAUCGUAGAGGUGGAUGGAACCAGCCUGGUUGGAGUCACUCAGAGCUUCGCCGCGUCUGUCUUGAGGAACACCAAGGGCCAAGUCAGGUUCCUGAUUGGCCGGGAGAAACCGGGGGAGCAGAGUGAAGUGGCCCAGUUGAUUCAGCAGACCCUGGAGCAGGAGCGCUGGCAGAGGGAGAUGAUGGAGCAACGCUACGCCCAGUACAUGGAGGACGAGGACGAGACCGGGGAAUACGCAACAGAUGAGGAGGAUGAGAUGAGUCCCAUGUUCCCCAAUGUGGAGAUGGCCAUUGAGGUGUUUGAUCUGGCUGAGAGUGAGGACAUGCUCUCCCCCAUAGAGCUGGACCCAGAGAAACUGGCCCACAAGUUCAAAGAGCUCCAGAUUAAACAUGCUGUCACUGAGGCUGAAAUACAACAACUUAAAAGAAAGCUGGCGUUGACGGAACAGGAGAAGGUGCGCUGGCGGAUGGAGAAGGCCCAGCUGGAGCAGAGCGUGGCUGAUAAUAAGGAGCGCAUGGAGAAGCUGGAGGGUUACUGGAUGGAGGCCCAGACGCUGUGCCAGGCUGUGGACGAGCAUCUCAAAGAGACCCAGGCCCAAUACCAGACCCUGGAGCGCAAAUACAGCAAGGCCAAGCGCCUCAUCAAAGAGUACCAGCAGAAGGAAAUCGAGUUCCUGAAGAAGGAGACUGCCCAGAGGAGAGCACUGGAGGAAUCGGAAGCCGCACACAAAGAAGAAAGCGACACGCUGCAGGAAAAGAUCACAGACCUAGAAGCCAAACUGGAAUCAAUGAAGAGCUCCAAGACAUCACGUCUCUCUAAAACCAAACAACAGCAAAAUAGGACACACUGUUUUGCGCACCACUAUGGGACACUGAGAUGUUGUUUCUUUUCGGUGGCACCCUUGUAUCUUAGUCUCAGCUUUAUUAUGUCUUCCAAAAAGGCAGAAGAACCUGAGAAUGUCUCUGAUUUAAACGAGGCCAUUCCGGAGACCAAGCUCCUGGACAGCAGCCUGCAGAAAGCUCGCGCCCAGCUCUCUGUCAAAGCCAAGAGACAGCGGCCGUCCCGCUCCAGACUGCGGGAUAGUGUGAGCUCCACUGAGGGAGACGAGAGCCUGGACAGGAAGUCGUCGGAUAGCUACGGCAGCCCCCUGCACAGCAUACGCUCCCCAUUUCACACUGUCCUGCGGGGGUCCCCAGACUCCCUCCUCUCCCCCUCCUCCUCCCCUCUCCUGAGGGGCGCCGCCUUCUCCUUCGAUAUACCUGUGGUACGACGGACCCUGGAGGAGGGAGAGACUCCCCCCUCGGCCUCCCGCGGUCGUUACCGGACGCUCACCAACACCACGUCCCAGGAGGCCCUGGUCUCCCCGCCCAUCCGCGCCCCCUCCAAGUCCUGCCCCAGCUCAGACAGCUCGCCCAUCUACCUGCGCAGGGAGCAACGCACCGAGACCGAAGAUGACAGCAGGGACACAAGCCCAGCAGGCCCUGAGAGCUCCACAGUGGUACUGGACAAGAAGACCAGACGGAGAUUCCUGGAUCUUGGGGUCACUCUGUGCAGGUCCUAUGGGAAGGGUAGGAAGGAAAAGACAUCCAACAGGCUCUCUGUGGGAAACCGGGAGCCCUCGGAAAGUCCACCCAGGUCGUCAGGGUCACUGUUUGUGCCUUUCUCCUGGUUCACGGACAGUGCAAAGGGCUCUGCAUCAUCCACCAGCACCCCCUCGUGCUCUCCAAAGAACUUCUCUGAGGGCUGCAGCCCCCGCGAGUCCAACUACCAGGAAUCUACACUAAGCGAUGACUUCUGUCCCAGGAGCCCCCGAGUUUCUAGGGGCUCGGCGGCCGAGUCAAAAUCCUUGCACCCCUACCAGACCCUAUCCCAGUCCUCCGACGAGCUCCUGGUUGAGCCAGUUUGCUUGGUGUCAACAUGGACUCCCCAGCAGGUGUGUCAGUGGCUGAAAGGGUUAAACAUGGAGCAGUAUGUCCCAGAAUUCACUGCCAGGGACAUCGAUGGGAAACAGCUACUGCAGCUGGAUGGGGGCAGACUGAAGGGCCUGGGGGUGUCCAACUCUACAGACCGCUCCCUCCUGAAGAAGAGGCUCAAGGACAUGCAGGGAGCGGUGGAGAAGGAGCGCAAAGCUCUGGACAAGCUGGAGCGACAGAAAGCGAAGCAGCGCUGGAGAGACCCAGGGCAGAGGGGGAGCUAGGCAGAGCCAUCCGCUCCAGGACCCAGGGCAUGGCAAUCAGGAACCAGGCAGCCAGGCAGCAGGGACUCCUCCUGGUGAAACCGGGCACGUCCGAGCAAGAGCCAGCAUGGUAGGGGGCUCUGAAGGGUCUGGGGGACCCAGUGAGACUUUUCUAGUGUAGGAGAGCAUGUCUGUGGCAGUGGUGCAUCACUGCGGUUGACAUACAAACCAAGCAAUGCAUGGCGGGAGGGAGGGGGGGGGGGUAGUUUAAUAUGCAUUGUGUUUAAAUUCAUUAAGAAAAAUAGUUUUUUUAACCAUGAUUAUAAAUCAGGAAGGUCGGCCAAUUAAUUCCAGACUGUGGUCAAUCAAAUCUGUUUUUGUUUUUUUGCUCCAGGUUAGCUUGUUCUGUGUGGUUUUUUUUUGUUGUUGUUUUUUUUCCUA